AUGCAUAUUCUCAAGCUAUGCCUUGCGGUGGCCACCGCUACUCACGUCCACGGACUGGUCCAAGAUGUCCCAAGUCUAAAUGGGCCCGUAAUGAUGGUCCCCGACACACCCGGCUCCAAAAACAGAACGAAUCAGUUCCAACAUCCAGGCCUUUGGCAUAGCCACGAUCAACUCGAGCUCAUGCGAACAAAUGUCCUCAACGGUGUCGAGCCUUGGGCAUCUGCCUACACCCGAUUUGCUCAAGAUCCCUACUCCAACGCCUCCUAUGAAAUGCAAGGCCCGUAUCCUGUGAUCAGUCGUGGGCAGAUAAGCAACUAUACUAGUUUCCAUGAUGAUUCUCGUGCUGCAUACCAGAAUGCCAUUAUGUGGUACAUCACCCGCAACCAAAGCCACUGGAACCGCUCCACCACGAUCCUCGACGCCUGGGGCUCCGAUCUCGAGAACAUAAUCGGCACAGACCGAUCCCUCCUUAUCGGCAUCGAAGGCUCUAUCUUCGCCAACGCAGCCGAGAUCAUGCGCUGGGAAGGCGGCUGGGUCGAGCAAGGCGCGACAUACAAAGGUGGCUCAGGGUUUAGCGUCCAGCUCUACUGGCUCUUCGCCCGACAGAGCAUCAUAAUCGGACAAGCCAACUACGGCAUGGCGAGUAUCAUGGGCUUGCUCAAUUUCGCAGUCUACUUGGACGACGUGGCUCUAUACAAUUAUGCCUUAUACACAUACAAGUAUGAUCGCUGUGCCGGAGUGCCUUAUAAUUAUCUAGCUUCUACAGGCCAGAACUCCGAAGCGGGCCGCGAUCAGUCCCAUGUACAGGAUGCGCUGCAAUGGACGGCACUUGCUGCGAGGGUUGUGGCUAACCAGGACUAUGACUUGUUCGCUUUGGAGGAUAAUCUUAUCUUCACCGCGGCAGAGUAUGCAGGGAAAUACCUCAUGAAUCAGACAGUGCCGUAUGAUGCGAGCUUUUAUCGGUGUGAGGUGGUUUUGGUGGAUGGUCCUUGGGCGAACAUUUCCGCGGUGAAUCGGUAUAUUGGAUAUCAGGAUGGAAAGACGAAUCCGGCUGCUUGGGGUCUACUCUAUUAUGAAGCUUUAGAGAGGGGGGUUAAUGUGCCUUGGACUUCGCGCGUGAAGGACGUUUAUGAUGCUUCUGUGAAGAGCCAGGCAUCGCCGGUUGAUCCGUUCAGUUGGGCGGAUUUGCUUUUUGCGGUUGCAGAGAAGUAG